AGCAAGGUUAAUAAGUGAAGGAUAUUUUUACUUUUAUGGUUACUAUUAUGUGAAGAAGAUCUCUUUCGAGCACCUAAACUUUAAACCUUAAAACAUCAAAGCUCUCUGUCAAGAACUAUUCCAAGUGACAUUUACAUUGACCCCUUAUAGCUAAAGUGACCUCACUGUUUACUUUCCAUCUUUUAAUCUCUGAUUUUGCACUCCCACAAAAUAGAAUCUUUGCAGGUAAUACUGAUAAAACGCCCAACACCCGAAAGAAAAAGAGAAAAAAGUGGAAAAGCAACAACUAAACGCGUUCAUAUGCUUAUGGUCCAGAACAAACGAUAUUCAUGCUGCCAACAUCAAAUAUAACAGACAAGGGCAAGUUUAAACCAGACACAAACCAGCAUGUAGUUACAUAAAAAAGACAAGGAGAUGUUUAAACUGAACAUAACCAUUUUACCUCUAAUCCUAACCUUAAAUGCCUAUAGUCCAGAUGGGUCCAACAAUAGAUGACCCACCUAGGGUUGCAGGAAGAGGAAUCCAAUAGUCUACAUCCACAAAGGACCUUUGUCCGUUUCUAGAGAUAUAUUAUAAAGUUAGAUGAGAAGACCAUGCGUAAAUUAUGAUUUUCCAGCUCUCUUCUUCAUUGUACUAUAUGUCUACAGUUGCACUGGUCAAUAAGGAUCACCUUAAUUACCAAGAAGGACAUCGAUGUUAAAAUCAAGGUCCCCAGUUUGAAUAAGAAAUUCGAAUUAAACGUCAAAUAGUAAAAGCGGAAGUACAAUAUACAGCUCCAAUCUUGUACCAACUAUUAAGUGUAUCAGAAGAAACCAAAAACCACAAAAGGCCUAUGAAAUAAUUAUAAGAAAUUUUUCACUUCUUGUAAUUCCAAUCUAAAACCCUUUACUCUAUUUUAUUUUAUUUUCUUUUUUGGGGGAGCAAGCACAUCACGUAAUCGUGUACUUAUUCCACCAGAGAAGCAUACAAGGACACAGUGGUCCAUCUCCCGACUUUUCUUCCCCUUUUUAAACACUUCAAAAAACAUUAACCACAAGCCCAUCCCUCAACAUUACAUAGUCCUAACCAGAACUUUACCCCCAUCUUCUCAAGGCUACAACUUCAAGCUAUACCAGAAAAUGGAGGGUCAGAGAACACAAAGACGAGGUUACUUGAAAUCCAAGGCUACAGUCUCCAACCUUGAUGAAGAAGAAAUGGAGAAUGGCAUGGAUGGAGAAGCAGAAGAUGGGGGAGAAGAAGACCAAAAGAAGAGAAUGAUGGAGAGAGUUAGAGGUCCUAGCACCGACCGUGUUCCAUCUCGACUGUGCCAAGUCGAUAGGUGCACUGCUAAUUUGACUGAGGCCAAGCAGUAUUACCGCAGACACAGAGUCUGUGAAGUUCAUGCAAAGGCAUCUGCUGCAACUGUUACAGGCGUCAGGCAACGCUUUUGCCAACAAUGCAGCAGGUUUCAUGAGCUACCAGAGUUUGAUGAAGCUAAAAGAAGUUGCAGGAGGCGCUUAGCUGGACACAAUGAGAGGAGGAGGAAGAUUUCUGGGGACAUUUAUGGAGAAGGGUCAGGCCGGAGAGGGUUUAGUGGUCAACUGAUCCAGACUCAAGAAAAAAACAGGGUAGAGAUGAAACUUCCUAUGACCAACUCAUCAUUCAAGCGACCACAAAUCAGAUAAACCUUCCCGCUCCCUCUCUUCUGUCAUCUACAUAUGCUCUAUCUACACUCUUGUUAUCCAAAUAAUGGCAUCAACCAUGUCAAGAAGAGCGAGUCAUGGUAUUGAAUCCUACACUCAUAUAUAACUAUAAACCUUUGGUUGCCUCUAUGGUGUCCUGUAAUGGAUUUCUAUCCGCAAAUCUAAAAGUCCUUGGCUUACUCAUGCGUCUAAUAAUGUUUAGUGAUCGUGUUUCGUGUAUGUUUAUAUAUGCAAUGUUUUUUUUACUCUCAAAGUCUUAACUUGACCCUGUAUAUGCGUAAUGCAAAUUAAAAAGGCUUAUAA